AUGUACAAGACCACGACCUCACUGGAACUUCAUCGUCUCGACAGGCCAAGCCUACAAAACCCCCAGAAAAUAUUCCAGUCGGAUGAGGACAGUACGACCAAGUCCGAUGCUGGGGAACACCACUCUGCUGCCCCGCCUGUAACCUCACCACUAGUCACAGGGACGCAGUACGAGUUCUAUCCAGACCUCUACAUGGACAUGGGCUCCCAUAGAGACCCGGAUUCAUGCUGCAACGGGCAGGUAUCUAUGCAGCCACGACCUGUCUCCAUGGACAUUGUCAAGCGUCGUAGUGAUAUCUCUUUGGUGGAAGACACAUAUGUGCUUGACCCAGAAGAGAAAAUGGCUCUGGGACUACCCUCACUGGAUAGGCUCCCUGCAUUUGGGUCUAAUUUCUUCCUGCAGCUGGUGACCCAUGUCCCACCGAAUUCGUCACCAUUCAACAGUCCUAGAUCUCGCACACCAUUACGGUCAUCAGCCUUCUCGGUAGAGAGCGCUGAGAUCCAGACUGCAAAGAAGGUUUCCUUGAAGAAGCCUCCUACUUCUCCGACAUUGGUUUUCACCAACUCUCUGAACACACGGUCGAACAGCCCCAGGAAUCAUAACCCCUCUCGAACGCGGGACAGAGAGUUGUGCAUUUCUGAUUGUAGAUUUGCUAAUGGGAUGGAAGUCCCUCGCCCAACGGACAUCAAUCCUGAAAGGAUGGAGGUGCGCACUACUUCCACUAUCCCAGGGUGUCCAGCCAACGCACUAUGA